CAAAUCAUUCCAGAACAAUGUCGCAGGUUUCUGAUGUGUCAGUAGUUCGAUAUUGUAUUAUGCUGUGGUAUUUAUUUCUACAAACAAACGGUCAAGUGGAAAAGGGAUUCUUUCAGAAGUCUGAGGAAACCUAUACAGUCUAUGGUGAACUUGUUGUUGAAACGAGCGGAAGGUCACUACUCUCAUGUGCACAUGCCUGUAUGCGCUACUCUGGGUCAACGUGUGGUGACGUGUGCAGCCACUUUCGCUAUGACAAUCACAAUGAAACCUGUCAUGGCCUUAACGAAGGAAACAGUGGAAUUGGGGGCUGGAACCAAGAUGGCGUUUACGUGCAGAAAGAGGGAAACAACAAAGACUGUAAUAUCGGAUGGCAUUUAUUCGGCAGUCUUUGUUACUACAUUGAAACGAAAAAACGGAAGUGGACAUCGGCGCGUGACAAUUGUAAGAUCAUGGGUGCUCGCCUUGCAACUAUCCGAAACCAGACGCAGGAAGGCUUCCUGGAGACCCUGAUAUCCGCGUCAUGUCUUCCGGUAAUGAAGCAUUGGUUUGGUGGACGCUAUUCCAAACCACUGGGUCAAUGGACGUGGGUGAGCGGGGAACCAUUUGAAUACCGGAAUUGGGACAAGGCCAUUGGAGAACCCGACAGGAAUCUCAAUUGCUGUAUGGUAAAGGCAUCCAAUGGGCUGUGGCGAGACCGCUUGUGUGAUGACUUUUUUCAUUACUCGGUGUGUGAAAAGCUUGCCGUUUACCAUUGAUGCAAAUCGAACAUGAGUUAAAUGUGAAAUAACAAAAACAAAUAUACUA